GUGAGCUUCUUAACAAGUUCUGACCUACGAACCCGAGUUCUCCAGUUUGUAGAAGACCGGAUUCAGACAACCAUGAUAACCGGGAUAGCCAUCGGCGCCGCGGUGGCCUUGUCGCUGAUUGGGAUCGUGGUGUAUUUUGUGUACAAGAAGGUGAAGGAAUCGAGUAACAACUCUGCCAAACUCUCUGGUCGGCAACGUGGUGCCUCGUCAGCGGAUGCGGAAAAGGGCCAAGGUGUUGAGCCUGGCAAAGAG